AUGAUGGCCCUCGCUCACGUUGCCCGGCGCCAGGUCGCCGCCGGCGCCUACGCCCAGGCUUCGCGCUCUAUCCGCACCUCGGCUCCCGUCGCUGCGCUUGGCAAGUUCAAGAUGCCGGCCAUGUCGCCCACCAUGACUGAGGGCGGUAUUGCCUCGUGGAAGAAGCAGGAGGGUGAGGCCUUCGCUGCCGGUGACGUCCUUCUCGAGAUCGAGACCGACAAGGCCACCAUCGACGUCGAGGCCCAGGACGACGGUAUCCUCGCCAAGAUUGUCGCUCCCGACGGCUCGAAGAACAUCGCUGUCGGCAACACCAUCGCCAUCCUCGGCGAGGAGGGUGACGACCUUGCCGGUGCCGACGCGCUCGCUGCCGAGGCCGACGUUGCCGACGCCCCCGUCCCCACUGUUGACGGUGUUGAGGCCCCCGCUGCCAAGGCCCCCGAGCCCGCUGCCCCCAAGGCUGAGGCCCCCAAGGCCGAGGAGAAGGCUGCUCCCGCCCCCGCCAAGUCGACCGAGGUCGGCGCCGACAAGCCCACCUUCUUCGCUUCGCCCGUCGCCCGCAAGAUUGCUCUUGCCAAGGGUAUCCCCCUUGCCCAGGUCAAGGGCACUGGUCCCGACGGUCUCAUCACCAAGACCGACGUUGAGAGCUUCAAGGUCGCCUCGGCUGCCCCCGCUGCCGCUGCCGGUGCUUCGGCCCCCGCCGCUGCCGAGUACGAGGACGUCCCCACCACCAACAUGCGUCGUGUUAUUGCCAAGCGUCUCCUCGAGUCCAAGCAGACCGUCCCCCACUACUACCUCACCGUCGAGGUCAACAUGGACCGCCUCCUGAAGCUCCGCCAGGUCUUCAACAAGGCUUCGGAGGGCAAGUCCAAGCUCUCGGUCAACGACUUCAUCGUCAAGGCCACUGCUCUUGCUCUUGGUGACGUCCCCGAGGCCAACUCGGCCUGGCUCGGCGAGACCAUUAGGCAAUACAAGAAGGCCGACAUCUGUGUCGCCGUUGCCACCCCUACUGGCCUGAUCACUCCUAUCAUCAAGGACGCCGGCGCCAAGGGCCUCACCACCAUCUCGGCCGAGACCAAGGCCCUCGCCACCAAGGCCCGUGACGGCAAGCUCAAGCCCGAGGAGUACCAGGGCGGUGGCUUCACCAUCUCCAACCUGGGCAUGUUCGGCAUUGACCACUUCACCGCCAUCAUCAACCCCCCUCAGUCGUGUAUCCUCGCCGUCGGCAAGACCGACCUCAAGCUCGUCCCCGCCCCCGAGGACCCCAAGGGCUUCAAGACUGUCAACGUCAUGAACGUUACUCUGUCGUCCGACCACCGUACCGUUGACGGCGCCGUCGGCGCGCGCUGGCUCCAGGCCUUUAAGGGUUACCUCGAGAACCCCCUUACCUUCAUGCUUUAG